AUGCAGUGGUUGCGUGCAUUGUUACGGAAGGUCUUCCCAGACAUGGCUGGCGACGACAUCGAGAGCGUCGUGGCCGAUCGGUGCGCGCUCGAUGACGGCGUCGACAGUGGUUCAGACGACGAGGAUGUUCGCCUGUUGUCGACAGUUUCUGCAAACGAUACGUUUCGCGGGGUGCUGGAGGCCGAAGACUUCACUGAGAUCGAAACGAGGACCGAGAAGGCCAAGAAACGUGCCAUUAGAAAAACUAUGAUCUCAGCUCGGGCGGAUGCUGCGGCAAAGCCCGCAGGCAAGGCGAAAGCGGCCCCCAAGGCCGCCCCCGCCCCCUCUUCCAGCAGCGUUGCCCCGAAGGCUGCCGCAAAGGUCCCCGCGGGGAUAGAUUUGGACAUUCCAGAUGAUCUCACGGCAGAGGCGUUGAGCAUUUACUGCCCCCAGGUACCUGGCUGCAAUUUGUCGUUUGAAAAGCUGUGGCACACCCGCUGGCGGUGCACGUACCCAGCCAGCGAAGCACCAUAUUCCAACACAGCCACAGUGCACAGUGUAGAGGAAUUGUGGCCAGCAGCAAGGAGUGUCAUUCAGUGGGCUUGGCGUCGGCACGUUAUUUACGGUGGUCUCCCGAGCCAUCACGAAUGCUUGCGCGACUAG